UGGGUGAGGCGACAUUUCCUGCCGUCGGGGGCCGGGUGACGGAGAUGAGUUGCUGAGUGUGCACAUCUCCGGGGAGCACAUACACAUCCCGUGCUCCGGGGGCUCCCUUCUCAGGCUGCCCCCAUGGAGCCCCCUCUGGCCCAGAUAUGCCCCCAAGGAAGUCGCGAAGCCCCUGCUGCUGCCUUCAACACCUUCCAGAGGGUGGAAUUGCCCCGCAGGAGCCGCUGCGGCCUGAGCGUGUCUCAGGGGCCCGGGCUCCGGGCCCCGAAGGCUGAGGAGGCCCAGCCCAGCCCCAGGGUCCCCGCUGUCUGUGCCGUGGCCUGUCCUCAACCCCCAGGGCCUGCCUCCAGCCCAGACACUGAGAAGGCUGAAGAGCUGCCUGGGGAAGGCGGCCAGUCCCUGCAGGCCGAGACCCGGGCUUGGUUCCAGAAGACCCAGGCCCACUGGCUCCUGCAGCGCGGGGCAGCCCCCCCCUGGUUCCAUGGCUUCAUCACCCGGAGGGAGGCCGAGAGGCUGCUGGAGCCCAAGCCUGAGGGAUGCUACUUGGUGCGGUUCAGCGAGAGCGCCGUGACCUUUGUGCUGACUUACAGGAGCCGGACUUGCUGCCGCCACUUCCUGCUGUCCCAGCUCGGGGACGGGCGCCACGUGGUGCUGGGCGAGGACAGCGCCCACGCACGGCUGCCGGACCUGCUGCGGCACUACACCGUGUGCCCGCUCAGCCCCUACGGGGAGACGCUCAGCGAACCCCUGGCCCGCCAGCAGACUCCUGAGCCUGCAGGACUCUCCCUAAGCCUUGAAAUGUCAGACUCGGGAACAAAACUCCACCCUCAGUACAGCACCAUCCUCAAAAAGUCGCUGAACGCAGGCCCCACGCAGAAGGAGGGCGCCGGGGAGCGGAAGGAGCCUCCCCAGCCGCCCAGGCCCAAGCCUCCCGUGCCCGCCAAGCCCCAGCUGCCCCCCGAAGUCUACACAAGCCCGGCUCCAAGGCCCCGCCCGGCCCCGCCCCCCAAGCCCUCCAACCGCAUCUACCACGAGCCUGACGAACCCAUCGCUUUCUACGCCAUGGGCCGGGGGAGCCCCGGGGAGGCCCCCGGCAACGUCUAUGCCGAGGUGGAGGUGCAGCUGGCGCCGGGGGCUGGGGGCCCGCCCUGCGCCCUCGCGCACCCUGCCCUGCGGAAGUGCAGCUCCAGGCCUGUUCCCCGAAACCAGAAUGCAGCCGGCCAGCAACUGCAUUCUGAGAACUCUGUGACCGGACAAGGCCCUUUCGUGCCCCACCAGACCCUGCCCCGCUGGGGGCACACCCUCCCCUACAAGCUUUCUAGACAGAAGAUGGAGGACAGAAGCCAGGCGUUGCUUCCCCUGGGGCCUCCUCAGUAGCCCGGAGAUGUCAGAGAUUUCCUCAGAUGGGAAACCUGGCUACUUCUGAGACUUCCACUGCAUGGGGGCCUGGGUGCCGGCUCCCUCCCCCAAAUCGCAGCUUAGCCGUGUUCCCUGGACAGGUCUGCCCCCCUCCGCCCUGCAGAGAAGCCUGGAGUUCAGAGGAGCAGGUGGCGAAGUCCCUUCCUCAUAGGGGCACACCCACUGGUUCCCUCCCCAGAGUCCCUGAGAAUCCGGUGGCUCAGUGAUCUCCGUGAUCGGUGGUCCUCUGCGGAAGUGGGCGAGGCCGCUGGGCAAGGGCGGCCGCUGCCGCCCGCUGCCUCCCGCUGCCUGGCUUCUCCUGGAGUCUGAUUUCCUUGGCCCUCUGAGCCUUUGAGGUCUGGGCCCUGGUCCAAUGCUGCUGUUGUCUGAGGAGUGGUUUGGCGAGAACAGAUGUUAGAACUUGUUUGUUGAUUCUUGUCUGGCUAAUAAAUCAUCGCCAACCACCUCUCCCCACAGGGA